CAUUGAUAGUGAUACUUUAGAGCGACGAAAGCGGUAGCGAGGACCGCGAGCGAGGACUUCAGCGUCGAUCCGCUUCUAGCUUUCAGGUCCCUGCAAAUGUCCUUCUAGCUGAAAUCCCUACACUGAUUCCUGCGACGAUCCCCCUCACACUCACAUUUGCCAUCGCUCCGCUUCACCGAUUACGAUGCCGGUGGCAGUCCCCGCAUCGUCUGAUCCGGAUCAAUGGAUAGCUCAUAUCCGACAAUGUAAACACCUUCCAGAACGUCAAAUGAAGGCUCUAUGUGCCCGAGUCCGAGACCUAUUACUGGAGGAAUCCAAUGUCCACUUGGUCCAGAGUCCAGUGACUGUCUGUGGGGAUAUCCACGGACAGUUCUGGGAUGUUUUGGAGAUCUUCCGGCAGGGAGGAGAAGUCCCAGAGACGAACUAUAUAUUCAUGGGAGACUUUGUCGAUAGAGGGUAUUACAGCUUGGAAACACUUUCACUGUUACUGGCUCUAAAAGCUCGGUAUCCGGACAAGGUCACGUUGUUGAGAGGGAAUCACGAGAGUCGACAGAUCACUCAGGUGUAUGGCUUCUACGAGGAGUGUAUGCAAAAGUACGGCAACCCAUCAGUGUGGAAGGCCUGUUGUACAGUGUUCGAUCAUCUAAAUCUGGCUGCAAUCAUUGAUGCGGAGAUAUUAUGUGUUCAUGGAGGUCUUUCACCCGACAUUAGAACACUAGAUCAAGUCAGAAUCUUACCUAGGGCGCAAGAGGUCCCGAACGAAGGUGCCUUCUGUGACCUCAUGUGGUCUGAUCCGGACGAAGUGGAAUCAUGGGCCGUCAGUCCGAGAGGGGCAGGCUGGUUGUUCGGCUCUAAAGUCACCGCGGAGUUCAACCAUAUCAACUCUCUCAAAUUAAUCGCUAGAGCCCAUCAGCUAGUCCAAGAAGGGUUCAAACACAUGUUUGAUGAUUCCCUUGUGACAGUUUGGUCGGCGCCGAAUUAUUGCUAUCGGUGUGGUAACCAAGCGAGUGUCAUGCAAGUGGAUACGAAUGGUCAGACGAGCUUCAAAGUAUAUUCAGCAGCGAUCGAGAAUCAAACGGAUCAGAAAAACCCCGCAUUGAGACGUUUGCAAACACCAUCUUAUUUUGUAUGACAC